AGAGCGCAGCUAUAUAUUACUCGUAGCGGCACUAAAAUUUCAUGAGGAGAAUUCUUCUGGAGUUAAUUAUGGAAAGAUGCUGAAGUAAAGAAACCUUUUUCGUUAAUUGAUUAAAAGAUGGAGAUACGUAGCGGGUGGAGUCCGCGGAGACGGCACUGUAGGUGAGCUGCGCGCACAAUGGCGCCCAUGACGGCGCACGCGCUGGCCGUACUCGCGGCACUCGCCACGCUGCUGGCGAGCGUGCACACCUACCUAGUCCUCGUGCCGGACACCGCGCCGCCCGGCCACGCCGUCCUCGACGCGGCCGUCUACAAGCUCGGCUCUGAGCGCAUCUACUCCAUCGACGUCCAUCGAACCGCUAACUUUGUCCAUCACAUUCUCCGAGUGAACAAAACCACCGGCCUCGUCACUCUCCGAAAGAGACUCAGAUGCGACGGCGUCCUAUAUCCCAAUCUUUUCACCUUCUACGUAGACUCCACUUCUGAUCGAAUCAGGGAUAUCAACUACUACAGUCUCCCUAUUAGAAUUCUCGUCACGGGUGAAGAUUGUAGUAGGCGACAUGCAGAACUCUAUGAUAUUGAUUUUGAUAGAGUCUACGAUCAAGAUGACGCCGCGCUACAAUACGAUGAGGAACACGUACGAGAAAAAAGGCAAGCGAUUUUUUCAGAACCUGUCGAUUGGAGGCUAUUUGAAGAAGAAGAGAUAGAAUCAGCUAGUCACUAUAAUGUACUUUCCACGGCUUAUCCGUGGUCGAUGGCCAUGUUCGAAGACUUUGUCGCCAAGAAUAAAACCAGGAAAAAACGAUCUCAUUCUAAGAUUCCUUUCGAUAUGGCCAUAGAUGUAAAAAUUGCUGAGGCAAAAAAAUGGAUCUCAGAAACGUAUGCUAGCUUUGCAAUACCCACGACGGACAAAUGGCAGGGAAUAUGUCUCAGACGAUCGCAGUUUGUGAAUUCGCUUACAGCCUUCUUACCGCGGACAGUGCAGAAAAUGUGUAAAGUGCAGUUCUUAGACGUGAGCGACCCCCGGUUUAUGAUCGAGAAUAGUCAGGGUGAUUUAGUAGCUAGUGAUGACGUGUGCAUUCAGGAGCCAAUGUGGAAAGUGUCCGUUCUCUUUACGUUUAACUGUGAUCGGACUAACAUUAUCGACUCGGACCACAGACUAAAGAUAGUGUACCAUCAUCAGGAGCUAAAUGACACUGACAUUGCAAGGAGGGUGAAGAGAGAGCUACGCAAUCAGUCUCCUUACUUCGAGCAAGCUCUCUACGUUGCUUCCGUUGCUGAGGAACAACCGCCUGGAGUAGUAGUUACCACAGUUAGAGCUCGUGACCCAGAAAACAGUCCAGUGACAUACUCCAUGUCGAGUCUGCUGGACUCCCGGUCAGCGGGCAUGUUCGCUGUGGACUCGAGGACUGGCGUGGUGACCACCCAGGCGCGACUGGACAGGGAGCGACUCGAUGUGCACUACUUCAGGAUGGUGGCGCAGGAUGACACCUUCCCGCCUCGUAGUGGCACAACUACCUUGCAGAUCAACGUAUUGGAUUGCAAUGACCACUCUCCUGUGUUUGAGAUGCAACAAUACGAAGCGUUUGUGAGGGAGGGUGCUAGCUCUGGCACCGCAGUUCUGACUCUGAAAGCCACCGACCAAGAUAUUGGCAAGAACGCCGAGGUGGAAUACUCCAUAGAAUCAGUAGUAGCAGCUACCCAGGCAGUGGGCGAAGAGAACGAGUCUAUUGACACCAGCUCUGAGCAGGCCGACGUUCAGGAUGUGUUCAGGAUAGACGGGCGCAGCGGGGCGCUGCUGACCCGAGCGGCGCUGGACCGGGAGAAAUACGCGCGCUACACCGUCAUAGUGAGGGCCACUGACCAAGCCAGCCCUGUGUCCGAUAGAUUGUCUAGCACAGCAACAGUCCAUGUGAACGUUUUGGACGACAAUGACAACUACCCGCAGUUCAGCGAGAAGACCUACACUGUCACCGUGGACGAAGACAUUAGUGUUGCAGAUAACCCUGUCAUAGCAAAAAUCAAAGCUACAGACGCAGAUAUCGGCACAAACGCUGCGAUUCGCUACGCAAUCAUAGGCGGUAACACACAGAUGCAGUUCUCAAUAGACAGCCUGAGCGGUGACGUGUCUCUGGUUAAGCCCCUAGACUAUGAGCAGCUGAGAAGCUACCGGCUUGUGAUCAGGGCGCAAGAUGGUGGUAGCCCGUCCCGCUCUAACACCACCCAGCUGCUGGUCAACGUGAGAGACGUCAACGAUAACUCACCGCGAUUCUACACCUCAUUGUUCCAAGAAUCUGUCAGCGAAAAUGUGCCCGUAGGAUACAGCAUCGUUAGGGUUCAAGCUUAUGAUGCUGAUGAGUGUGUUAACGCUGAACUGACGUACAGUCUCAUAGACAAGGAGUAUAACGGCAACAACGACUUGCCCAUCACUAUAGACGCGCGCUCCGGAUGGGUGUACACUUCUGGACAGUUGGACAGGGAAGUCCAGGCCAAAUACCAGCUGCAGGUGACAGCAACAGACGGCGGCACCCCGCCCCGUUCAGCCACCGCGUCCGUAGUGGUCGUCGUUCAAGACGUAAACGACAACGACCCAGUGUUCUCGCCCGCCCACUACGACGUGGAGAUCGCUGAGGACGAACCGCCCGGCACGCCGCUCGUCACCGUCACCGCCACCGACGCCGAUGAGGACAACAGACUCCACUACGAGAUAACGGGCGGCAACACGCGCGGUCGUUUCUCGAUCACGUCGCAGAACGGGCGCGGACUGAUCACGGUAGCGCAGCCGCUCGACUACAAGCAGGAGCGGCGCUACGUGCUCACCGUCACCGCCACUGAUAGCGGAGGCCGCUCCGACACCGCCAUGGUGCACAUCAAUGUCACGGACGCCAACAACUACGCGCCCGUCUUCGAGAACGCGCCCUACACCGCCGCGGUGUUCGAAGACGCACCCGUCGGCACCACUGUCCUGGUGGUCUCUGCUACGGACAGCGACGUCGGUGUGAACGCUCAGAUCACCUACAGCCUCAGCUCGGAGAUCUCCAACGAGGCUGUCACCCAUCACGACCAGGAGUUUGUCAUUAACCCCCAGACUGGAGCAAUCACUACGAACAAACUUUUAGACAGGGAGACUAUGAGCGGAUACCUGUUGACUGUGACGGCGCGAGACGGCGGUGUUCCGUCCUUGUCUGACACCACGGACGUAGAGAUAUCCGUCGUGGACGUGAACGAUAACGAACCGGUGUUUAAACAGCAGUUGUAUACCGCCAGCAUUACUGAGGACGCCGUAGUUGGCAUUUCGGUGACUCAAGUGAGCGCGACGGACGCGGACGUUGGUUUAAAUGGACGCGUGCAUUACGAACUAGACGCUAAGGACAGGGAGGAAGGUUCAUUUAUCAUCGACCCAUCGUCCGGCGUCAUCAGGACCAACAAGGCUCUGGACAGGGAAUCCGUCGCCACUUACGAUCUCAAAGCGUUGGCUGUCGAUGGGGGAUCUCCGCCGCAGAGCUCGACUGUGAUAGUUCACAUAAAAGUGGAGGACGUGAAUGACUCCCCGCCAGUGUUCGAGAGCGACUGCCUCACGUUCUACGUGCCGGAGAACAGUCCCAUCGGCACCACUGUAGGGGAAAUACACGCGCACGACCCCGACGAGGGGGUCAACGCUGUGGUGCAUUACUCUAUCAAAGGCGGCGACGACUCCAACAGCUUCUCGCUCGAAACUCGCCAAGGGUCCGACAGAGCGGAACUGGUCACAUUAGUCGAUCUCGACUACGAAAGCCCUCGUAAAAAAUACGACCUCGUAAUCCGAGCCGCCAGUCCACCUCUAUGGAGCGAUGUACGAGUAGAAAUACUCGUAACUGACGUGAACGAUAACGCUCCUAUGCUGAAAGACUUCCAGAUAGUAUUCAACAACUAUAAGGACUGCUUCCCUGUCGGACCGUUUGGAAGAGUUCCGGCGUAUGAUGCUGACGUCACUGAUAAGCUUCAAUAUCGGAUUCUCUCUGGGAACAACGCAAACCUGGUGCUACUGAACGAAACGAGCGGUUCCAUGACGCUGUCGCCACAACUCAACACCAACGUCCCAAAGUUGGCUACAAUGGAGAUAUCUGUCACAGAUGGCGUGAACGAAGUCAAAGCGAUGAUGCAGCUGUCCGUCCGCCUCAUUACCGAGGAGAUGCUCUUCAAUUCCAUAACAGUUCGACUGAACGACAUGACUGCUGAACAGUUCUUGUCCCCACUGCUGGGCUUCUUUAUAGAUGGGCUAGCGGCAAUCAUACCCUGUCCAAAGGAAAAUAUCUACGUGUUUAGUGUACAGGAUGACACCGAUGUUACUGGCAACAUUCUCAACGUGUCGUUCUCGGCUCGACGGCCGGAAGCGGAAGUAGGCGUGGCCGGCGAUACUUCAACCUACUACUCGCCCACGCAUCUGCGAGAGAGAGUCUAUCUACACAGAGCUACGUUAGCCAGACUCGCCACUGUACAGGUACUCCCUUUCGACGACAACGUUUGCGUCCAUGAGCCGUGCCUCAACUUCGAAGUAUGCCUCACUGUUUUGAAGUUUGGCAACGCGUCAGGCUUCAUUGCGAGUGACUCGAUGCUGUUUCGGCCGAUAUACCCGGUCACAACGUUCUCCUGUCAAUGCCCUUACGGCUUCACGGGCUCAAGAGAACACUAUAUGUGUGAUACAGAAGUAGACUUGUGCUAUUCAUCACCGUGCGUCAACAACGGGACUUGCCUUCGAAAGGAAGGGGGAUAUACGUGCGUGUGCACACCUGGGUACACAGGUGUGAACUGCGAGACAGUAUUGAAGAAUGCGUCAUGCUCGGUGUCUGGCGACGGGUCUAUAUGCCGCAGCGGAUCGCAGUGCGUGCCGCGACGGGAAGGAGGCAUAUUGUGCCAGGGAUGUGCCAUAGACACUGCUCAUACUACGCCGAUGUGCGAAUUGCGAGCAAGAAGCUUUCCAGUGACAUCGUUCCUCACUUUUCCCGGCCUCAAACGCAGACAUCGACUGCAGUUCAAAUUAAAAUUCGCAACUCAAUCGACAUCCGGUCUGCUACUAUACAACGGGCGAUAUAACGAGAGGCAUGAUUUUGUGGCCUUGGAGUUGAUCAGCGCUGGCGCAGGCAAAGGUAGCGGUGCGGGUCUUCGAUUCACAUUUGCCCUGGGUGGCGCGAAGACUGAACUCACAGUCGCCGCUGAUGUGGCAGACGGCAUGUGGCAUACGGUGGAAAUAGAAUAUCUCAACAGGACUGCCACAAUCAUUCUGGACGAUUGUGACAAGGCGUUGUCUUUGGCGGGCGCCGCAAAUUUCGGAAUCAAGUACGCCUGCGCCAAUUUCACGAGGAAAGUGUUACCACCGCGCUGCGAUAUCCCUACUGAAACUUGCCACAGGUUCUUGGAUCUAACGGGCCCCCUCCAACUUGGUGGUUUGCCUAAUAUCCCGAGCAGCUUUCAAGUGAAAAACAAGGACUUUGUCGGCUGCAUCUCAGACUUAUUCAUCGAUCAUAAAUUCGUCGACCUCAACAGCUUUGUAGCUGACAACGGCACUUUAGCUGGAUGCCCGGAGAAACGUUCCCACUGCGGAUCCGCCCCGUGCUUCAACGGAGCCGAGUGUCGAGACCUGUGGGACACCUUCAUAUGCGACUGUACCGAAGGUUACACCGGGAAGGACUGCAGCGAAGCUACGUCUCCUCCGUGGCGGUUCAGUGGUGACGGAAUGUUGUCAUUCAACCCACUUCUACGGCCUAUACAAUUGCCGUGGCUUAACGCACUAUCUGUACGAACCAGACAAGAAGACGCCUUCCUGAUGACCAUACAAGUCGGGCAGAACAGCACCAUAUUCAUCAGUCUCAAAUCGGGUCUUCUCCAUUACUCCUACAACGGCGAGACUAUGUACUUACCAUCGAUGAACUUGGCCGACGGCGUAUGGCACAGGGUAGACAUCAAAUGGCUCGGAACAGAUAUAUCAGUGAGCAUCGAUUACGGGCUCCGAACGGCGUUGCUGCCUAUGUUGGCCAAUAAAAUUCAAGGACAAUACAUUGGCAAGAUCCUGAUUGGUGGACCGGAUAGCACCGCUGGCCUAUUGGCGUCUGAAGUUGGAUACUUCGAAGGCUGUAUUCAGGAUGUCCGAGUGGGGACUAGCCAAUCAUUACUGAAUCGUCCUACAGUGCGAGAGAACGUCAGGGACGGAUGCCAGUCGCGCGCAGACUGCAUGCUUUCGAUCUGCCCUCCUUAUAGUGAAUGCGUAUCCGGUUGGGAUAAUACCGAGUGCGUAUGUUCUUCUGGACGCGUCGGUCCUUCAUGUACCGCGGCGUGCGAUCUCCGGCCGUGCCCCGCCGGCUCUGAGUGUCGCGUCGACCAAUCAGCACGCGGAUAUUCCUGCCAAUGCGAUGAGGGACAACUACUUACAGAGGAGGGCUGCGUAGACCCGGGCGCGGAAGAAUGCCCCGGCGGGUGGUGGGGGGCGAGCGCGUGUGGGCCCUGCGCCUGCGCCGCGCAUCUAGGGUACCAUCCCCACUGCCAUCGUACCACGGGCCAGUGUCAUUGCAAGGAGAACCACUAUAAGCUUGCGGAUUCUGAAGAAUGCUUACCUUGCCAAUGCUACGCGGCGGGGUCAAUGAACGGUUCGUGCGAGGCUAGUUCGGGGCAAUGUCACUGUCGAGCCGGGGUCAUCGGCCGCGCCUGCGACUCCUGUGCCAGUGCCUAUGCAGAAGUUGCGCCAAACGCUGGCUGCGAAGUUGUAUAUGACGGCUGUCCACGCUCAUUCGCCCACGGAGUUUGGUGGCCAAGAACCAAAUUCGGCAUUGAAGCCAUCACCGACUGCCCCACAGGAACUAGUGGAAAGGCGACCAGGAUGUGUGAUGAGUCGCAAGUGAUUCCGUGGCAGGAACCGGAUAUGUUCAACUGCACGACAUCUACUUUUUACCAACUAAGAAAUCAGCUUCAUAAGAUCGAGACUGGCGAAUUGACAGUAAACACAUUCGUCGGCGUUCGCCUCGCUGCAGACUUAGCCACAGCUUGUGCUAACACCGCGCGCCUAUACGGAUCCGAUAUACUGGUAGCAGAGGGCAUUCUGGUAGAACUAUUGCAGUAUGAACUUCGCCAAGCGGGAUUGAACCUUACGCACAGUCAGGAUAAGGACUAUGUUCGGAACAUAGUAAAAUCAUCCAACGUGAUAAUGGAAGGCUCAUAUGCGUCGGAGUGGCGUCGUAUCAGGCAACGCACGGGGCACGGAGUGGAACAAUUAUUACAAAUGUAUGACAAGUACAUCGCCGUGCUAGCAGAAAGCCAACACGAUACAUAUACUAGCCCCUUUGAAAUCGCCACCAGCGAUCUAGUGAUAGGCGUGGACAUAGUAACCACCGAGUCCAUAUACGGGUUCGAACCGACGCAACUCAACCGCUACAACAUCGAACCAUACACUACAGAACGAGUUAUCCUACCCGACACUUCAUCGUUCCUCCAUUCGCCAAUACAACCAGGCUAUGGCACUGGAAAAGUCAAGAAAAAGCCUUCCAGCCCUACAGUGUCUUUCCCGAAAUACAAUAACUAUGUGAGGAAUAAGAACAAAUUCGAUAAGUACACAAGAGUGCUGUUGCCGCUCGACUUGUUGGGAAUAGCUAAUUCACCGCAAGAUAACCUCGAAACCGCCUACGAAUCCCGCGCAGUAUUCUCGUACAUGCAGUACUCUCGGAACACUUCCCAACUAAUGCCUCUGCGGCUGGACGAAUCGGUCAGUCAGCGGUGGGGAGUUAACAUCACUGUUGGGUCACCUAUCAUUCAAGUGGCCCUUUAUGUGCCUGAAUAUGUGUGGAUGAGGGAAACACACCAGACUAGAGAAGACAACUCCUUAGAGAAUAACAUGGAUGAUAUUGAAGGCCUGGUCUACACAAACAAAGGUCAUCCUCACCAGACAGUAGAUAACUACAUAAAAAACAAUCCGCAUUCCAAAAACACUUGGUCCAACAACGACGACGAAAAUUCAAAUCACGAGCACCAUGGACCCAUUCUUAUACAGCCAGCGUUCAAAAAACAAGAGAAAGCUUCAUACAACAGCGACAACUACCAGGAUAAUGAAUCCUCUUAUGUCGCUGAAAAACUCGAGCAAGAAGGUCCAAAAGUACUUGCGUUGUCUCUGGUCGCCGAGGAUAAACUCAAAGAGGGCCUUAAUACUACCAAAGAUAUGAAGAAGAAGUUGAUUUACAAAAGCAUGGGGGGCAUCAGAUUGAAAAGACCGAUAAGAUUGCAAAUGUGGUUAGACAUUGAUAGGGAGACGUUUGGAUCGAGAACUAACCCACAGUGUGUGCACUGGUCCACAUUAAGAGGGUUCGGCGAAUGGUCGCGCGUCGGCUGUCACACUGAAAUCGACUAUGAUUGGUCGCCAUACUCGGACGACCCUCUGCUAAUUAACUGCACAUGUAACCACUUGUCCACCUUCGCUGUAUUAGUCGAUGAAGUCGAUAUUGAGUUCAUCCCCGAGCCUUCGCUGCUAGAAUCCGUGACGUCAUACACUGCAUUCAGCAUUUCACUGCCGCUACUACUGGCCACUUGGGCAGCGCUCUGUAUGAUGCGGGGCGGAGCGGCGACAGUAUCAAACUCGAUACACAAGCACCUGAUAUUCUGUAUCUUUAUGGCUGAAUUGCUGUACCUCAUCGCGUUGAAGGCUAGAAACUCCUUGGUGCAAAACGAGUUCGCGUGCAAGCUGAUAGCUAUGUCGCUCCACUAUUGGUGGGUGGCGGCGCUGGCGUGGUCCGCAUGCGACGCGUGGCACUUGCGUCGUCUCGUGCGCGAGUUGCGCGACGUCAACCACGGCGGACUGGCCGCGCACCUCGCCGCCGCAUACGCCGCGCCCGCCGUCGCACUCGCGCUCGCCGCCUCGCAUCACCAGCAGCAGUAUGGAAACGCGUUGUUUUGCUGGGUGAGCUGCCACGAGGGCGUGGUGUGGUGGGUGGUGGUGCCGGCUGGUGCCUGUGCUCUAGCUGCGUUAGUGUUUCUGGCCGCUGCCACUGCUGCCGCUUUUACUGCGCGGGAACAUGUCGUCGGCUUCGGAAACUUGAGGAUGCUGCUAGCCGUGAGCGUGAUCUGCCUCCCGCUGGUGGUAGGUGCGUGGGCUAGCGCCCUCGUGCUGGGCAGCGAGGCGGGCGCGCGACGCGGCGUGCUGAGCUUCGUGCUAGGCGCCGCAGUGACGCUGCACGCCGCGACCGCCGCGCUCGGGCUCGUGCUAUGCAACGUGCGCGCGCGCCGCAACCUGCACAGAACUAUUUUGGGAUGCUUAGGAAAGAAAGUGCCACUAGCGGAUACAUCGAUCAUAGUAAGCAGCAGCGCUCAAAACUUGUCGCAAGUCAAUAGAUCAGCGUUGGCCUAUCACAGCAGCACAGAACCAGGCCGUCAGUUGAGAAACAUCGGCAUCUCCGCUUCGUCCACCACUUCGAGAUCGACUACUAAAACCAGUUCUAGUCCCUAUAGCCGUAGCGACGGUCAGCUAAGGCACACGAGUACAUCAACGUCGAACUACAACACGAGUGCCAGUGACAUGCCCGCCUACCUCAGAGGAUUCGAUUCAUCCCUGCACACUAGAAAAGAUGACGAGGGCAGGCGACGUCGGAAAGCUUCUAAAACAGCCGACGGUGAAACGACAGCCGACGGCGAGGAAGUGACGGAGGCUACCGACAGCGAUAGCGAUGGAAGCGAACGAAGUCUUGAUUUAGCUUCCAGUCACUCCUCUGACGAUGACGAGACCAGUACGAGGAGAUCUUCACAUCCGCCUUCAGCUAACAGAGAAAGAGGAACGAACAGUACGACAGGCAGCUACCUACCCAACAUCACUGAGGGCGCCCCAAUGGGAAUCUCACCGCGUUGGCCCUCGCACAUUCGAGAAGAAUCGAACCGGCCUGACAUGGGUCGUUGGUCUCAAGAGACCGGUUCGGACAGCGAGGUGUUAAACGCCGGCAUGGCAUCUCCUUCACCCAACCCUUUGCCAAACCCAGACCUAACUUCUGACGUAUAUCUCGCCCGACAUCGGAUGAAGCCUUCGAUAUUGGAGAACGUUCACGACACUUACGUAGCUAGUGUGGAAGCUUCCAGAUUACCCUUGGAUAAUAGAUAUGGAGUUAUGGAGGACGAGCUAAUGUACGGCGUCUUACCCAACGACACAGAAAAACAAAUGCCGUACGACCCCAACUACCCCAUGUCUCCGACUAUGUACAGACUACCAGGCAACCCCUACGGCUCCAAGACUUACUUGUCGUCAAGAACUUCAGAUUACGGCUACAGCCCGACUAAAUACCUAAAUAAUGACACCAAUGUAUACGGGUCUAGAGACUUCAGAGAUUCGGGGGUUUCCACGAGAGAACAUGACGGUUACCCGCCUAGAGAUUUCAGGGAUUCUGGUAUUGCAACUAUGUUGAAAAACGCUUACCAGAGAAAGAUGGAGAGCCAUUACGGCCCUGAUUACAACGAACGGAUAUCGGACGGUUCCGAUAAACAUCACCCACAUGAUAAAUACCUGUUCCCGUAUACAGCCGAGGAAGACCACACGAGCUUGCGCGCAGUCAGCCAGUCACCGCUAGUGCAAAACGCGCACGCAGGUGAACCUCCGCAACAGAUGGGGGCGCCACUAGCAAGUAUGGGUGAAACCAGCGAGAAAUCUACUACUGAAGAUGACGCCGAGACGAGAGUUUAAAAACAUAGUACAAGAUUUCCAAUGAAUCUCAAUUAGUUAAGAAAUUCUGUAAUGUAUUCAUUGAUUGUAACAUUUUAAGUAUCCUAGUGUUAAUUUCCUGCAAGACUGUCUAAACAAUCAGUAAUCCACUGCCAUAGUUUAGAAUGUAAAUGCUUAUUUAUUAUUUUAUGUAAUUAUGCUGUAAGUAGGAAAUUUUCAAUUUGCUAUAACUAUAAUUAAUAUUACCUUUAUUCUCAAUUUUAGAAAUUAGUAGUUGUGGAUGAAACAAAAAUCUUUUUUCCGUCUCUGUUAAAAAACUUUUAAGUAGCUCUCGAGUGUCUAAUAGCAUGUUGAUUAUUGGUAUAUUUAUAAUGAAAAUUCAAAAUAUAAAUUCCGAACUAACACAACAGUAACGUUUAUAAUAAAAGCAAAACUUGGUAAUCACCAAGGUUUCACUGUUAAAUAAAAUAUCAGAAUACUACACAUUAAUGGUAUCUACAUUUUCCCGGGACUUGUGCAAAAUUAACAAUAUUUUAAGUCUUUAUAUGAGGUAAAUGAUAGAAUGGCGUAACAUCCAAAGUCAGUGUGUGUAUAUAAGUAAAGUUGUAUUAGUUUUAAUUUGAUCGCCACUUUACCAACUGGAUAAAUAGCAAGUAGGUAAAGAUGUUUUAAAAAGAUGAUUUAAAAAAAAGUAAUUUAAAUUGAUAAUCGUGUGGUCAAAUUAGAACUCUUUGCAUUAUUUAGGUCGUAGCAAAAUAUUUUUAUAUAAAAACCAAAAUAAUAAAUGUAAGUUUGUAUUACAUAUAGUUAAUCAGAGUCAAAAUGAAAUUAUUGUGAAAUUAUGAGGAAAAAUUGCAUAGUUAAAAUUUGAGUAGCCCCAGUUUGUAACCUACUUUUAAAUAGGUAACAUAAAUUCGUAAGUAUUAAAUCAAUAACAAUAAUUAAUAGCAUUUUAUAUGAUAAUGAAGUCUACAUUAAAAUGAUAAUUACAGAUUUAUGUACAUAAAAAGAGUGUUGUGUGCAUUUUGAGCGUUUUAACGAAGAUUCCACCUAUUUUGUAAAUAAAUAGAUUUUUACACUUGUAGCAUAAAUUUGAGUAAUUAGGUAGUAAUAAGGAAAAAGCUUUAUUUAGGUACUUUGUAGUGUCACAUUGCCAUAAUUUUUGUAUGAUGUGUUUGUAUAUCUGGUAAUAGACGCAGAUUUUAUUGAUAACAAAUUUAUAUCGCUCUGUCUAAAUGAAAUAUAAAUUUAUUGAAAAUUGUAAAGCUCCGAAAGUAAACUUUUCGAGAAAGCUUUCAAUAUGAAUAUUAAAUAAAUUGCUCGUCAUAACAUCUAUAUAUUGAUGAAAUGCAAACUUGAAAAUGAGAUUACUAAUAUUAAUUUAAAAUAAGUACCUAUUUAUAUGAUUUUAGUUAUUUCAAUGUUAUAAAGUGAUAUAGGCUUCUACAACACAUUCCAUUUGGAUUUUAUGCGAAUGCGGAAUCUAAUUCUGGCAUAAAAUAAUAUUCACUUUGCACAAGAGAAGCAUCUUAACCAGGUUUAAAUCUUGAGACAAGUAACACUCAAUGAUGGCUUACUAAAAAUAUAAUUCAAUAUCGGUCAAACCAAUAGGUAGGCGAAAGCUAGCUUAUUUCGAUCUUAUUUCUAAUUGCAUUGGAAUUAGAGGCAAAAUAUAGAAACAUAUACAAAUGUUUGAAUACUAUUUUCUUUUUGUGGUGGUCCUCAGAUAACACAACAGUGUUACCAAACUACAUGCAGAAACAGCACUGGUUGUUACCAAAAAUGUCUUAAUUUCCAUUUAAUUAAAGAGAAUCUUAUAUUGUACGUGUUUGAUAAGGUUGAAAAUGAAUUGAAGAAAAGUUAUUGUUCUGGUAUAAAUUAACAAUUAGGAGCAUGAAGACAAUGUGCAUUAUGCAUUUAUUCCAAAAAUCUCUACUGUUUUUUUUAUGUUUUUAAUAAAUGCAAAUAAUGAAUUAGACUACAAUGUAUCGUACUGGUAACAACUACUUACUAGCUGUUGUAAACUAUUUAAGAGCCUUAAGUGAUGUCAAAUUCAUAGUAUCUAUAUUAUAUUUUUAUAUUAUUAUUUCUGUAACAUGCCGUUCCAUUGACUUUCUUGGUUGUAAGGUUUUCUUAUCUUGGAAAUAUUAUAAGCUCACGAAGCUUUUUUUAUAUUUUGUAAUUUGCUGGGUUAUGCAUCAAUGUAUUUUCGUAUUGUGCAGUAAUAUUUUAAUAGUGGUUCAAAUGUAAAAUCUGAUUUGUUUUUAUAAUAAUAAAAAUGGUAUUUU